UUUCUAUGCCAAGUCAACAUCGCACCACCCCAAAUGUUUUCCUUUAUAUUUCCUAUAUAAACCAUUUUUCCCAUCCCUAUGUCACAAGCAUCAAGCACUAAACACACCAGCCUUUUAAUUACCCUCUCUCCCCCUCUCCCUCACCAUUCUCUUCAACUAAUAUUCACAAUGGCAACAGUGGCAUUAUCUGCAACUUCUCUUCUGAUCUUUGUAUUCAAUUUUUGCCUCGGAGGCGCCUUUGGUGACUAUGGGGGAGGAUGGCAAGGUGGCCAUGCUACAUUCUAUGGUGGUGGUGAUGCAUCAGGCACAAUGGGAGGUGCCUGUGGAUAUGGCAACUUAUAUAGCCAAGGCUAUGGAACAAACACUGCAGCACUAAGCACUGCCUUGUUCAACAAUGGCCUGAGCUGCGGUUCUUGCUAUGAAAUGAGGUGUGACAAUGACCCCAAAUGGUGCCUCCCCGGAAGCAUUAUCGUGACUGCAACCAACUUCUGCCCCCCUAACUUUGCUUUGUCCAAUGACAACGGUGGUUGGUGCAAUCCUCCUCUCCAACACUUUGACUUGGCGGAGCCUGCCUUCUUACAAAUCGCUCAAUACCGUGCUGGAAUUGUCCCCAUUUCAUUCAGAAGAGUCCCCUGUAUGAAGAAAGGAGGAAUCAGGUUUACAAUCAAUGGCCACUCUUAUUUCAACUUGGUCCUGAUCACAAAUGUUGGCGGUGCCGGAGACGUCCAUGCGGUGUCAAUCAAGGGCUCUAAAACAGGAUGGCAAGCAAUGUCAAGGAACUGGGGCCAAAACUGGCAAAGCAACUCCUACCUCAACGGCCAAAGCCUGUCUUUCCAAGUCACCACAAGCGAUGGCAAGACCGUGACCAGCUACAACGUAGUGCCAGGAAAUUGGCAGUUCGGACAAACAUUUGAGGGUGGCAAGUUUUAGAGUUUCAAGACGACAAGGGUCUUGAAUAUGGAAGAUGUAUAUGUAAUAGCUAUUGUAUGAGACAGGGGAAGUUAAAAGAGGGAGAGUAGGGUUAGAAGAGGCUCAGUCCAAAGAGGCUGUCUGUUGCUGAGGUGGUUUAUUGGCACCCGCUAGGCCUUAAUAUAUUUUAAAUUGAUUACGGGUUGUGAGCUAUAGUAUUAAGUAAACAGGGAUAUUCCAUUGUUUUGGCUUUUGUUUAAUUCAUGGCCAUGAAUGAAUAUCAAUUAAAGAUUUCUUCACUUAAUUCCAAAG